GAGACGAAGGAAACCAUCAAAGGAUCCAUAGCAGCUUCCCCCGCAUCAGAUGCCUGACCGGGGGCCGCAGGUACGCAUCGCAGACAAGAUGCCUUACAGAGACCUCAUCCAGCACUGGCACGAAGGCGUCCUGGCGGCGGAUCAAAAGGACUACGAUUUGGCUCUGGAGAAAUUCCGAAGUAUUGGGGAUCCACCGGCCAAGAUAUGGUUCAACAUCGGGAGUUUACACCUCCUCAAAGGAGAGCUCCAGCAAUCAUUAGAGGCGUUUGACACAUCGCUCGGGAAGGAUCGCUGUCUGGCUGUCGGGUUUUCCCAGAGGAGUUACGUGCAUUUCCAGUUACAAAAGUACGAGAAGGCGCUGAGCGAUUGUCACCAGGCCUCGGCUCAUCUCAGGAACAACAGUUUGAUUGACUACAAGCAGCUGGGACUGAAAUACGUGCUGCACACCUGGGAGGUUCUGUAUAACACGGCGGCCGCUCUGUGUCAGCUCGGAAGGUGGGAGAGCGCAGAGGAGAAGCUGAGGGAGGCUGUGAAGUGGGUACCGGGAGAGGCCAAGACUCCCAAACUAGAAGCCGCCUUGGAAUCAGUCCAGAGCCGAACCUUUCUGAUCCCGACGCACGUACCCGAAGGGGAACUUUUCAGACCCAAAAAGCAGGAAGUUGAGCAGCUAAAUUCUAGAGACUUCCUGGGUAAACCGAAGGUGAUCGUGUCCGUCGUCCCUAAUGACCAGUACAGUGGAUUUGAGCCUCUGCGCCCACAGAAUCGCGGUUUUUACGAGCCAGGUCCUGACGCUGUUCUCGGGCAGGAAGCCGGAUACCACCGGGUCCUAAUUCAUUAUUACCCAGAGGAUUCGAACGACGUAGCCGUGAAGGCAAAUAGCCAUGUGUACGUCCUGAACAAAGACGGGGAAUGGGCCGCCGCCGUCCACAACGGCCAGAAAAUCCUGAUUCCAACCAGUAUUCUGAAGCCAGCGAACGCGCCCAAGUCAGACAUUAAGCAAGAUGAUAACGGGAUUCCUAUGCCACCCAUGAAAAUCCCUCCUUCCCGACCAGCGAUGCCGUCCCCGCAGCAGAUGCUCUGGUUAAACAACGAUGACCAGGAUCCGUUGCUGAAGCAGAUACCCCCUCGACCUGAAGGAAAACCCCCGGCACCUUCUAAGAUGAAGAAUUCUUCGCCAGGAGAAAGUGUCGAAGAGCUGCGGACUCCGGUCAUCCCAGAGCCGUCUCGUAGGGAAAAUGCUGUCCCUUUAACAAAUCCCGUGCUCCAGAGAGACGUCCCUUUAACAAGAGCUCCGAUGCUGGAGAAAGCGCUCCCUUUAGGAAGAACGCCAUUGAUGGAGAUAAAUCCAGCGACCGAAAGACCUUCUCCGCCAACAGAUAAAGUAGCAGAGAGAUCUCCUCCAACAACAACCGAUCUUUCUAUCCUGGAAGCCAGGAAGGCUGAGCCGGAUCCCCCCCGGGGUGAGGCAGCACCACCGCCUGCCGAGGACAACGAGAUCACGUUACGGGUUCACACGGAAUUCACUGUGUCGAUGAAAGUCCAGAAGGACAUCACUUACCCUGAACUACAGGACCUGCUCAGACGCAAACUGAGACAACAUGGAGAGCAGAUGAAUAUCCAGCUGAGUUACAGGGAUUCCGAGGGGAAAGCGCUGACCCUGGUGAAGGGGGACGAAGACCUGCAGGGGAUGUUGAAACAAACGACCUCCAAGCACCUCAUGUUCUGCUGUAAGGAUGCCUAUCACUGCGUGGGGCGACCGGUCCUGUAUCGCAUGCGAGCUCUCUACCAGUUUCCAGCAGAAAGACCAGGAGAUCUGUCUUUUAACCCUGGAGAUAUCAUCGAUAUAUUGUCUGAAGUGAACGACGAGUGGUUGGAAGGUCAUUGCGCCGGCAGCAUCGGAAUAUUCCCAAACUGCUUUGUAUCGCGAUUUGAGGAAAGUUAAACUGCGCCAACCACUCAACGGGUCGCCGUCCCCGACGGACGUCCUCCGAACCACACGGAUUGAGCAAGAAACACAAGAAUUGCCUAAUCCGUCAAACACAACCGGAUUUUUUGUUUACAUUGUAAAUUAUUUUUAUUAUUAGCUCGGAUUAUUAAGAUCCAGAGCGGUCGCGCGUUCCUAAAGUGCAAUCUAUGGAGUUAUAAAAAUGUUACUUUUUGUUGACGGAUCAUUUAUAGCAGAAAUCCUGGUUUUAUUUCAAAUAGAAUUUUUUUUUUUUUUUGGGUGGAAUCACAAA